UGAACAGGAGGUUAAUUUUAUUUGUUAUUUACCAUCCUGAUUAUCAUGCUUUACAAACUAUUCCCCGCAGGCCACAUCAACAUGGAAUUUCCGUAUACUAUUCUUGCACUUCACAUUUCACGGUUUCUGCUGGUUUAAGAAUGAUUUUUUUUUUUUUGGAAUUCAUUUGGAAUGCUUUCAGCCAAGAAGGACUUUAAUUAGGCUAUUUUAAAUUAACUCGCUGUACUCACAGACUGAAUAACUUCGGCCAUAUCCACACAACUAACAGAGGGAUUCAGUAUUUUGAGCAAACGGACGGAAAUCACGUGUUGGAAAUAUUGCACACCUGCAUUUAACUGACUGGAAGCGCAGUUUUUACAUAACUAAAGCAUAAUUUUAAUCAUUCUUCACAAUAUCACGUCUAUGCUUUUAAAAUAUCGUAAAAUACCUCACAUGAAAUCUGAAGUCUAAUGCAAUGUCGCACAUAGGCCCGUCAGUAACACCCUCAUCUUCGAAUGAGAGUUCACCUGUUUCAAGUUUAACUUUACUCAUUCUCUUACUCAUACCUUGCGUGGUUCUCCUCUUGCUGUUAAACUGCAUGUUUUUAGGAUAUAAGAUACUUAUUCUAUCUAAAAAGAAAAGGAAAAGGCGACGAGGGGGUUCCGAAACCACGAUCUUACAAUCGACGCUAUCGACGCGACACGUUACCAGGAUUUCGGAGACUCCAUCCCAGGCCAAUCAAAGCGGGAAAGAUUAUCUUUCCAUCCCGGUGCCCGUGCUGGCACAGCCCGCGGGGUCUUCAUCUCUCACCUCCUCUAAGGAGAGGGCUGCGCUGGGUCAAAGGUGCAGAGCCUCGAGGCCCGAUGGAGCUACAGGAGGAGGAUCGGAGUCUUUGAGAGCACCCAGCACUAUACUAGCCACCAUGUCGACGACCAACUCGACGACAAGAGCAGAUCUACCGCGCAGAUCACAGCUUUACAGCAGAAGCUCUUCGGGCGGGAGAAGACUGCAGCCCGCAAUGACGCACUACAGCGAUUCGGAGACGGAUCGUGGCAACACUGCGCCACCCAAUUCCCCUGUGCUGAAUGGACCGCCGCUGGAGAGCCCUGCAAACGUGGGCCCCAUGCGGCGGAGUAGCACAAUGGAGCUGAUCGACACCGUCGGUACUGGGUUUGAGUACGAAUAUGCAAGCAGUAUGCCCCCCGAUAACUUAUGCCUCGUUGCUUCAGCCAACUCCUCUACUGUGGGACCAGGAUUAGACAGCGAUUUUGGUGCAAGCGCAGGCAUUUCCCUCAGAAUAUUGUCUUGUGACAGCGAUGGCCUUUCCAAUGCACUGCUGUCAUCUCCUAUGGAGUGGGACUACUAUGAUCCGUGUUAUGUGAGCCAAAAUAACAUAGCCAAACACAUGUUUCACAUGCCCACUGUCAUCACUAAGCAAUACUGGGUUUAAUGUUAUAUACAUGCUAUUCACCACAAAUCCACCGCGUUAGGUGUCACUAAUGAAAAAAAAUAUAUAUAUAUUCACGUUUAAUAUGAUAAAAAACACUUAAAUAUGUUACCAAAAGUUUAAUAAGAUCUUUAUAUACUUUACGUUUCAAGGCGUUAAGACGUUUUGUUUCACUGUACGUUACUUAUGAUUUGUAAUGUUUCUUAAAAAAACACACACACAUUUUCAAAUUGAGCAUGUAUAAGUGUCACAGAUGUCAUUUUUUCCCCACGCAUUAUUGUUUAAAAGAUUUGGGUUUCUGGGAUUGCGAUUUUUGACGGCAUUGCAAAACUUGCUGGUGAACUCUCAUUUUGUUGCAGUUAAUCUUAUCUUUGCAUAUUUCAGACAUGAUUGUAAUGUUGUAUUAUAAUAAACUUUU